GAGUAUAUCAUUCGGAUGUCAGAGUUCCAACGUGAACUCGUGUGCUUCUGGCUCCCGCCAAGUUUGAGUAGCAUACGAACUUACAAAGCUUAGAAGCUGUUAGGAUGGAGUUGGUGGGUAAAGCGAUUGAUGUGGUGAAGGAUAGUGGAUACGUCUUGAAACAAGAACUGCCCACAUAUAUUAAAGUAUUUGGAUUGGAAGAAUCUGUUGGCUUGUUCGUUCAUGGUCUUGAGGUGAAAUCUUCUCCGGAUGUUUUGCAGGAUAACUCCAGUGAAUGUGGAUUGGAUAUCACAGGAUCGCCAUUGAAAUGUUCAUUUGCUGUUGAUGAAGAAAGUAAACCAUUGCACACUUGUGAAAACUGGCUGGGUGAGGAGGCUGAUUAUUGUCCACUAGCUCAACAAGAAGCGAGGCUACUGUUGUGCAAGUACACAAAAAACUAUUGCAAAGAUCACGUGGAUCGUCCUGAAUUGUGGGUGCUGACAAAGGGUAACCCUGUGUUGCAUGCUGUGGAGUUGGUACAAGGCUGGUGGUCACGAACACUAGUCACUCAGUGUGGAUCCAAAUACCUAAUUGAUGUAGAUGUUUCAUCACUUGUAAAUAAGCAUACCUCUAUUGCACGGAUGCCAGAUGUCAAGCCAAAGUGUCAUGUUGUUGCUACCUGUGAUGUAAACACAAAUAUGAACUCAGUCCAUGAGAAUAGUGAGAACACAAAUGUUACAGUGAAAUUAAAGUGGAACCAGCCAGUGAAGAAACCUCCUCAUGAUACAACAGCUGUCAUUAAUAUCACAUGUGAUGCUGGGUGUAAUGCUAACAGGCUGUGGCAGCAUCUAAUGCUGUUGCAUGAUUGGGUGAAAUCACUUAAAAGUAUUCGUGUUAGUGGUGGUCAUGAUGUGGAACUUCCAGGUCGUGGCAAUGUUAUAGACAGAUUGAAUGAUUUUGAAUUCGUGAAUACUCCAUCAAGGGGAUCUGCACCCACCAAUGUUUCUGAUGCAGUGACAGAUAAUUCAUCUGUUCCACUCGAUGGAACAGACAAGCUAUGGCUUAUACUUUCAGACUGCAGUAACCAGAUUGAGCUCAAACAAUGUUUCAGUAUCUUCUUUGGGUGUGUCCUUUCCAAGAAAAUAAAUCCAUAUGUACGUCCCACAAACUCCACAACUGCUGCAAGGAUUAUUAAGGAGCUGAUUUCUGGUGAACGAGAAACAGUGCCAGAGCUUCUGGGUAAUGAAUGUGUGGAAAUAAUUAUUGAAAUGGGUCUGGAGAAGCUUGUUAAUGAGUACUUACAUAUCUUUCUGAGCACAAAUCUGCUAACACCCAAACAGAUGAAGCAGGGUUUAAUUUUUUCAGGAAGGAUAUCGGAUGUUGAUAAUUGUAUGACUUGGCUGGCAAAGAGGCAUGCUGCACUUGAACUUCUGGUAGCUGCUGAGAGGUGGCUGUUACUUGACAGAGACUAUUUAUCAACAUUAGCAGUAGACGCAAUAGUUUUCUGUGACUCGACUGUUCACAGUCUGGAAGACUUGUUAAUUAAACCAACAAUAAAAAUGCUAACUACUGUUGAUAUGGCACUAGUUCUGCAGAGUCUGAACAGUGAAUUUCUGCACUUUGGAUUAAGUUUGACUUCAGAAAACAAAUGUUUAAAAGUGAAAUCUAUGUUUGUUUUCACCAAAUCACCAAUAUUUCCAGAGAAAGUUAGCUACAAAGAAGAUACCUUGGACCUUUCAAGUGACUGUGAAUCGUAUAACUGUUAUGAACUUCUUCGCAUCAGUGACAAAGUAUUUUAAAGUCAGUUUUGUUGUGUGCCAAUAAUUUUGUACAUACAGUGUUACAAAACGGGAAGUCUAUUAAAACUGAAAAAGAAAU